CUGCUGGAAAGUGUGCACUGCCAGUACCUGCUCCACAAGUGUCUGCAUCUUCCUGGAGUUCUCACUCCCAUCUCAUUAGAUUACAUGCCGCUCAUAAAUCCAAAGAGCCUGUCCCUCCCUUCACUCCUCCUGGUCUCUGCACACUUGGCAUUUUACUUUCUUGCUGCUUACAGAUUCAGAACUCUGUUCCCUGCUCCCAGGCAGCUCCUGCAGAAGUUUGUGACCGUGACCCGCAUGCUAUUCUCUGGAGAACCCGCUGAUGCAGCAGGUGACCCUAGGAGACCAAGCACAGCCCUGGCAUCUGACUAUGAGAUGGGUGAAGUUCAGAUGUGCCAUACUGUGUACCCCUGGCACUCCAACCACUGUGGUGAGCUGAGUGCUGGACAGCUCCUCACAUGGAUAGACACCACAGCUUGCCUGGCAGCGGAGAGACAUGCCGGUGUGGCCUGUGUUACAGCAUCUGUGGAUGAUAUACAGAUUGAAGAGACUGCCAGGAUUGGCCAACAAAUCUGCAUUAGAGCAAAAGUAAACCGGGCAUUUAACACAAGCAUGGAGGUUGGCAUUAAAGUUGCCGUUGAAGAUCCAAUUACAAGUAGCCAGAAACACGUAUGCACAGCAUUUUCAACAUAUGUGGUUAAGCCUCUUGGAGCAAAAAAGGUUAAUCUAAAACCGGUGAGGCUUCAGUCUGCGCAGGAUCACAUAGAGUACAGUUUGGCGGCUGAAAGGAGGCGUAUACGACUUUAUCAUGAAGAUGCCUAUAACAAUCUGAUGGACGAUAGCUGUGCCUUUUAUGAUGCAGAUUGGGAAAGUGAUAAUAACAAGAUCUCUACAGAUAGCACUUGUGUAGAAAGUAUAGAACUGGUUCUUCCUCCUCAUGCAAACCAUCAGGGAAACACAUUUGGAGGGCAGAUCAUGGCAUGGAUGGAAACUGUUGCUAACAUCUCUGCAAGCCGCCUCUGUCAUACACAUGCAGUUCUGAAGUCUGUGGACAUGUUCAAAUUCAGAGGCCCAUCUACUGUAGGAGACAGACUGGUGUUUCGGGCAAUUGUGAAUAACACAUUUCAUAAAAGCGUGGAGGUUGGCGUCCGCGUGGAAGCCUAUAACUGUGAAGAGUGGACUGAAGGCAAGCCGCGCCACAUUAAUAGCGCUUUCCUGAUAUACCAAGCCCUUGAUGCCAACAAAGAGUAUAUGGUGUUCCCCAAUGUCAAAGCCUCUACAAAGGACAGUAUCAGAAGAUUUCGUGGAGCCAUUGCACGAAGGAAAAUACGCGUAGCAAGAAAAUACAUCUUGUCCAGCAAGCCAGAAAAGCCGGUCUCUAUUUCUUGGGAGAAAAGCAACCAAUCCUAUCUCUGUUACAAUAAUGUUGCUGCUCUGACCAUACUAGCCUCUAGAGAAGGAUGGGAAUUGAUCAACACAAAGAAAAAUAUCCAGGUUUUUACAUAUGAAGAAAAUGACGUUUUGACAAUAAAAAUUGAAAUGCAGGUGAAGGUUCAAGCAAGCCAGGCUUAUCUUCUGCUAUCUGACCUUGGACUGCGGCCUCACUGGGAUGUUCACUACUUAAGCUGCGACCUUGUGGAAUCUGCUGGUGAUGAUGACAAAAUAUUUUAUGUAACCUGCCCGCCUGUAAAGCAAAGCAAGACCAAAGAUUUUGUUAUGCUAAUGUCUCGGAGGAAUUCAUUUAAAACUGGAGAUCCUUAUGUGGUAGCAAUGAGAUCGGUAACAUUGGCAACCUGCCCGCCAUCAGUACAGUACCUGAGAAGUGAGGUGCAGUGUGCAGGGUUUCUCAUAUACCGUCAGAACACAGAUGAAUGCCAGGUGACGUACGUGAACCAACUAACAUCUGGCAUAAUGCCAUACGUUGAAGAGAAUCUCACUGGCUGGUCUAAUUCAAUACAAGAGACUGCGUCUUCAUGUAUACAUUUUCUAGAGACCGCCAAGGUCUGCACAACAUUAUUGUAAAUACUCUUUGUACCACUGUAGGUUUUUGAGAAAAAACUCCUGCCAUAAUCUUCAACUAAAACCGUAUUGUUCUAAAUGUUCACAAAAUCUUUAAAAUUUCUUGUAUGAGAAAUCAGGUAAUUGUUUGCAUCCUCAGAUCCCCCCUUCUCCCUAUGAAAUAACCUCACAUUUGUAGUCCUGAGACUACGCCGCCACCUCUGCACUAUUGUUUCAACCAUCAAGUAUGUGUUGCACUGCACUAGUUGUACUUGUCUUUCCUUCCCUCCACCUCUUGACUGCUAUAGUGCUUAUCUACCUUGAUAUGGAUCAGGACUGAGCCUUAAUGGGGUUUUUGGGGGAGUACAAUAUUUAUUACCUAUUCUCAGGAUAGGUCAUCAAUAUCUGGUGUGUUGGAAUCAGCUGUUUCAGGAGGCCACAGCAGUCCUCACAGCAUACCAUGCACAGUGCCAUACUCUGUAUAGUGGCUGUGCUUGGUAUUGCAGCCCAGGCCCAUUCAUGUAAAUGGAACUGAGCUGCACAUAAGCCCUGCGACCAAUGAACAUGAGGUUACAGGCCUAUGUAGAAGCCAAAGUGCUCAAUGGCGCACCAUGGCCUUUAUAAACAGCUGAUCACGCAGGGUGCCAGGAGUCGGAAUCCAACCAAUCUAAGGCUCCAUUCACACAUCCGCAAUUCC